AUGCCAGGCUGGGAAGACAGCUCGUGGGGUUAUCAUAGUGAUGAUGAACAUGUGUUUUUUGACUCUGAAUUUGGCCAACUAUAUGGACCAGAAUUUAAGUCCGUAAUACUAUCAGAUGUUGUUUAA